ACUGUAUGUGGAGCAGGGUACAGUGAGCACGGACUGCUCUCGCGCCGGCUCUCUCGCCACUUGCCCCCAGAGAGAAGCACUGCCCGGCCACUCAUCGUCCCCUCCCCACACACGCAGGCACACGGAGAGGUCACUAUCACAUGACAAAGGCUUCGAGACAGCUUCAUCUUCCUCUGUCUGUAAUUUCCAUUUGCCUUUCUGGGUCACAGUAAUGAAAGGCAGUAAUAGGAAUAAGGAGCAUUCAGCAGAAGGAGAGGGGACUGGGAAACGACCAAAGAGAAAGUGUCUUCAGUGGCAUCCACUACUUGCAAAGAAAAUUCUUGACUUUUCUGAAGAGGAGGAGGAGGAAGAGGAAGAAGAAGAUAUCGAUAAGGUCCAACUUCUUGGUGGUGAUGGUCUGGAGCAUGAUGCUGAUGAAACAGAAGACGAUGAAUCAUCGGAGCAACGAGCUCGGAGGCCGAUGAAUGCAUUUCUCUUGUUUUGCAAACGCCAUCGCUCCCUUGUGCGACAGGAACACCCCCGUCUGGACAAUCGUGGUGCUACCAAGAUAUUAGCAGAUUGGUGGGCUGUUCUAGACCCAAAGGAGAAGCAGAAAUACACUGACAUGGCCAAGGAGUACAAGGAUGCAUUUAUGAAGGCAAACCCUGGCUACAAGUGGUGUCCCGCAACAAAUAAGCCUGUGAAAACCCAGUCAUCCGCUGUUACAAACAGGAAGAAACUGUGGGCUUUCCCAUCAGACUCUGUGAAAGAUUUACCAAGCCCAAAAAAAGUGGCAAAGACUGAAGAUAUGCCUCAGCUUAAUUUUGGAAUAGCAGAUCCGACACAAAUGGGAGGCCUAAGUAUGCUGCUGUUAGCAGGGGAGCAUGCCCUGACUGCACAAGAGGUGUCCUCAAGUACUUGCCAGUCUGAUGCAUCUAACUCUACAGAAGCAUGUCGGAAGUCGCCAUUGUUUCAGUUUGCAGAGAUCUCAUCAAAUACUUCACAGUUGGCGAGUCCUGAGUCAGGGAAGCACUGUGGCAAGUCAGCGCUCUUCCAGUUGGCAGAGAUUUCCUCAAGUACCUCCCAUUCAGGCCCUUCUGACUUAAAGCAAUGUGGAACAUCAGCGUUGUUUCAGUUGGCAGAGAUGUGCCUUGCUACAGAGGCGGUAAAUGUGAAAGAUCCCGAGAAGGUGAAAGUGGAGACAUCCGAGGAUGUGAAAGUAGAAGCCCCAGAGGAAAUGGGAGUGGAAGACCUGGAGAAGGCAAAAAUAAAAGACUUGUGUAAAGUAAAAGCGAAAGAAUGUGAAAUAGUGAAAAUGAAAGAUCAGGAAGAGACAAAAAGUGAGGAGUCUGAGGUUACAAAAUGUAGUCAUUUUACUGAUCCUGCAAUGGACAGCAGUAACUUUGAGGGAGAUGAUAGCACAAAUGCAAAAGAUCACUCGUGUUGUUCUCAAGAGCUUUCCCUUGCUGAAAUUAACAUGCUAGGGCUGACCAAACCAGAAAAGAUAAAGAAGAAAAAGAAAAAAAAUAAGAUGGACCGACACACCAAUGAAAAAUCCACCCCCAAGAAAGCUUGUAAAAAGAGACAGUCUUCUGAAUCAGACAUUGAAAGUGUAAUUUAUACUAUUGAAGCAGUUGCGAAGGGGGACUGGGGAGCUGAGAGACUUGUUGAAAUUCCCCGCAAAAAAGUCCGCCCUGCCUCAAACGUGAAGGGAAGCUUAUUGGACACAAAGUCACCAAAGAAAAAAGUGAAAUCAAAAGAGAAGAAAACAUCAAAAGAAAAACCCAUGGAGACUACCAAAGAAUCAAAGCCUCCUGAUUUUCUUAGUGUUACAGCCAACAAGGAGGUGCCUUGUGAUGAGGUACCUGACAACAUAAAAGUGGAACCAUUAACCCCAACAGAAGAGGUGGUACCACAAAACUUACCAGGACAGGUCAAAACUGAGGACAGUGACUGUGUUAAAAAGAUAGAAACCUGUGGCUCCAGGAAAUCAGAGAGAUCAUGCAAAGGUGCUCUUUAUAAAACUCUGGUGUCAGAGGGCAUGCUCACAUCCCUGCGUGCCAACGUGGACAGAGGCAAACGAAGCUCAGGAAAAGGCAACUCCUCAGAUCACGAAGGAUGCUGGAAUGAAGAAAAUUGGGCAUUUUCCCAAAGUGGGACAAGUGGGAACAAGAAGCUGAAAAGGUCUAGGCCAAAAGAAGAAUUCAUUCUAGGCUUAGCAAAGCUGGAAGAAGAAUUUGAAAAGAAAUUCAACAGCCUCCCUCAGUACAGUCCAGUUACGUUUGACCGGAAAAGUGCAUCUGUUCCAAGGAAAAAGAAGAAGGUUGGAAGCUACUCAGCAGAACAACCAAAAUCCAACAAAGCCAUACUCGCAGAAGACAAAAACUCCAGUGAGCCUACAUGGAAGAAUAAAAAUUCUAUAUCUACCCUAAGCACUCCGGAGCCAGCAAUGAUGCAUGAACCCUUAGUUGGCAGCCAGAAGAGGAAAGCAAGGAAAACUAAGAUCACCCAUCUGGUUCGAACAGCAGACGGUCGGGUGUCACCAGCAGGAGGGGUGCUAGAAGAAAAACCAAAGGAGCUACUACAGGGUAGUCUCCAGAAAGUGUCAAGUGUAGAGACGGAUUGCAACAGUGAAUGCUCAAGAAACACAGAAGCAAAAGAAACUCAUAGUAUUACACAGGACAUGCCAGCUGUGUCUGCAUUCUUUAGUCUUGCUGCUCUGGCAGAAGUAGCAGCAAUGGAAAAUGUACACAGAAGUCAGAGGGCCACACCUCUCCCACAUGAUGGACAGCCAAAAGAAAUGUCUCAGGCUCCAGUGCUUAUAUCCUGUGCUGACCAGUGACGCUCCACUUUAUUGUAAAAUGUUGUGCUUUACCUAAUAUCCUAGCCUUGUCUUUACCAAGGGAAGCUAGUCAGUCCAUAUGAUGGAAAAUAUAGACUGCAAACAAGUGCUUAUUGCUCUGACUGGCCCAGAUUUCACUGGAAGCCAGAACUUAGCAACUUGGGCCAGGUCCUCCAAUCGGAACCCAGUAUGUAAGAGGGUGGUGUUAUUUGUCUAAUAAUGAACGUGGAAUGAUCCUGGAGCUUGCUUUCUAUUGAAGGCUUUUAAACGGUAAAUAGGUGGUUUACAUGAAAAAGGCUGCCUUUACUGUAGCUCACACAGCAUCUCCUUUACCAACCAGAGAGUAUGGAAAACUAGUUUCAUAUAAUAUCUAGUUAUUCUAAACAAAAAUACAGAAAAAGAAGAAAAAAAAAAAACCUGACGCACUGCACUAGUUAUUAUUAGAUAUUCUUAGUCAUUUUUGUACAUGAAGAUUUAAGUUCUAAGAUGGUUUAUAUAAUAGGUUAUGCCUACAUUUAUAUUGUAGAAUGAAUUUAAAAUCUGUUCCGGAGAACUCAAGGCAGCAUGGACAUAUGUACCAUUGUUAGCGGUGUUUGUGCAGCCAUGUGGUCCAGAUGUUCUGCACUUUUAUAUUUGCCACCAGAGUGGUAGAGUUUACUGGCAAAAAUUCUGACAGGCUAUGGUUUUUUUUUCUUUGAAAUUUAGCAUGGAAUAACCAGGAAGAUUUGCAUUAGAAAAAGAGGUGAUGUAAGGAAAGAAUGGUACUGCAAACAAUUGACUUGUCUUUCAUGCCUUGGAGAGGGCUCCUUUCUUUUUAAAUAGAGGUCUAAAUGACUGGGUGAAUUGUUCAUAUAAACAAAAACAACAAAAAAAGUACUACAGAUACAUUGUUCAGAAGUGACCUUAGUAUUACUUGGCUGUUCUGAAAACCUUGAAAACAUGACUUUUCAAUAUACAUGCACACCAAUACAUAUAACUCUUACAGACACUGGCAUUGUUGUAAUUGCUAUGCACAGUCUAAAUUGAACUAGUAGGUUGUUUAGAGACUAUUAUAGUUUGUGUUCGUAAGGUGGGUGAGUUGUAUGCAAGUAAGCCGUGACAGAAGAAUAAUGUUUGACUAAAUUUAGGCAGAGGUCCACCUGCCAGUUUCCUGUCUUCGCUUUUGUUUGGUUUUUGUAUUCUGCUUUUGCAAGAACAUCCCAAAAGCCAGACCAAGUGUAUCACUUGGCCUGCAUCUUCACUAUCUUGACUUAAAACGCUGUAUAAUCCAAGCAGUUGUUUGCUACCAACAAAUGCAAAAUUGUUAUUAGAAAUGACUCCUAGACUUAGAAAAUCAACAGGGUUCUUUAAUAGCACAAGGUCUCUCCCUGCUUUUUGCAUCAUAGCACAAAGAGUUACCAAAUUGGUCCCCAGCAAUAAUUUUCUAUUGGUCUUCGUCAUACUGGCUGAAUUUUUGAUAGUAUUAGGUUGAGUUUGAAGUUCUUUAACUUAAGUCUUUAAACAGUGAGAGUUUACAUGGUUCUAUCAGGCAUUCUUAUUUAUACUUGACUGAAUUGAAAAUAUGUUUCUGGGGUUAUUUUGUAAUUGUAAUUUGAUGUAAUAGCCAUAUGGACAGUAACUCUAUUAAUACUUACUAGAUUUAGCCUUUCAUCGUUGUAGAUGUAAGUACAAGUCUUUGGUUUCAGUGUUGGAAAAUGAUGUACAACAUACCACAUGAGUUGUAACUAGUGAAGAAGAGUUAUUCAAAAGCAGAUAGCUGGGUAAAUCUCAUUUAAUACAGCACCCUCAAAGAUGCAUGUAUUAGAGAAAGGGGAGAAAAAGGAAAUAACUAAGUUGUAAGUUUAAAAGGCUUUUUUGAAAAUUCAGGUAAAAAUAAGACUAGUAAAGAGCCCCCAGCUAUGCCAUUUUAGCCUACAGUACUAUUUUUAAUAAAAUGUUAUUAAUAUUUUCUAAAUUAUUUUAACACAAUGAAAAAACUGUCAACAUUUAAAACUGUCAGGUCAUAGCAAGGUGGCAGUUGGAGUUUUGGACCACUUUAUAAAUUAUAAUUAGCUGAAAUCCAAAUAUCUUAUAGUGCAGGCCAUUCACGUUGACAAUGGUACUAACUUAUUUCUCUAGAAACCCUUAGAAUAGAUAUAUUUUUGCCAGAGCACCCCAUACUCCUUCAACUUAAAUUUCAAUAUUGUUCCUUAAGAUAUUUCUGUAUAUUAAUGGUACCUUUUUUAAAAGAAACAAAAAAAGAUUACUUUUUUCUAUGUGAAUUAAUAUCUUACUUGAUCUACUUUUCCUUAACUUUCCCUUAGACAGGGGGUGGGAUUGGGUCAAUUUACUGGAUAUGACUGUUUUCAGAUACUUAUAAACCUUUUUGUAGAUAUGCUUAAUUUUUAAGCGGUUAGGCACUGAGAGUAGCAGAAAUCCUGCAAAGCUAUAUAGUUCACUAGACAUUUGCCUUUGGUUUUCUGAGUGAUGUCUUGAUUUCAGUAGCUAGAUCUUUUCCUGAAUCUACUAGAAAGGGGUAUCUGUAUUUUCAGGUAACAUUUGUUAGCAUAACAAAACUUCAGACCAACAUUUUACUGUAUUGGGUUGGCUUUUCUUUUUGCUUUUCUUUUCUUUAUAAUUUGUGUUAUUUUCAAUUCCUUUCAUUUUGGAAAAUCAUUAUUGCUACGGUGUGUACUUCAGUAUACCAGCAAACACUGUCACCCAUUGACACGUGUCCACAAAUGCCUCUAGAGAAGAAAUUGUUGCACCUUAUGUAUAUCUCAAGAAAACCAAAAUAUGAUACUUUUCUGCUUUGUUUUUUCUGAUUAUGUUGUAUCAUACUUUACUGAACCCUUUCUAACCUAGCUAAAACCAUCAAUAUUUAUGCAUUUAACCUUUAAUUUCUGGAUCUGAACCUGUGUAUAAAUCUUUCCUUUAAAAAAAAAAAAAAAAACAACCAAAAAAAAAACCUGA